CUCAUAAAAAGCCCUGGGCAGGGACGGGGAGCAGGUGGCAGCCCGGGAAGAGCCCAGAGCAGCGCUGCGAGCAGAGCUGUGAGAGCAGGGCCAUGGAGCAGUACUUCUCAGCCACCCAGAAGAUGGAGCAGGAGGUGAUGUUCCCCAGCCUGCUCCGAGGGGUCUUCCCACAGCAGGAGGGGGCAGCCCCGGCUGCAGGUGGCCACACGGACCUCUACGAGCGCUACCAGCUCCUCAAGGCCAUCAAGCCUGUGGUGGAGAAGGGCCUGGCCUCUGUCACCGACCAGAGCCACACCAGCCCUGACACCAGCACAGCCUUCGGUGACACUGACCCCAGCACAGCCUCGGAUGACAACGACGCCAUGGACGCCCAGCUGGAGGAGCGCCUGUCCCACCACCUGGCCGGCUUGCAGCAGGUCCUCACCCACCUCACCAGGGACACCAAUGCCCUGACCCGCAGAUACAGCCAGAUCCUGGAGCAGAUCAGCCCCAGUGAGGGGCAGCCCAGCUGGUGACCCUUCCCCAGCCACCAGGCUGGGUGCUGGUGACAUGCAGGAGAGGACACCCCCACCGCUGACCACCACAGCCUGCUCCCCAGCCCCCCCAGCCUCCCCUCAGCACGGCAGCUGAUCUCCCAGCGCUGGGACCGCCCGCCGGCCACGGUUGCAACCACCGGAGAACCAGAUGGUGCCUUAUCCUCAUAGGAAGAAGCAUCUGUUCAUGCUGGGAGGUCCAUGGGCAGCGCUGCCCGCCUCGUGGCCUCCUCUUUAUUUUCAAAGAGCAGCACGGAGGCGGCAGCGCCGCACGGGGCCCCGACCUCCAACAGUCCUUGGGACUGCUCAGCCCGUUUCCAGCUGGUACCUGGACCCUGAGAGUGGUGGCCCCAGUCUUUGCUAAUAAAACCUGCCCUGGGAA